UGCACUUGAAAUUGCCUUCGUGUCGCUGGCCGAAUAAAUUUGCAGAGUAGGUUAACUCAAAGUGAUUUUGUAUUUUGUUAAUUUAGUUACUAGUUGUUCAACUGGGAGAGUAAUUUAUAAGAUUUUUGUUUAAAAGACUUUCUUAUAUUAGCAUAAAAUAAAAGGAAAGUCAAAAUGGGUCUGUUACACGCCAUUGGUAUUAGGAUAAUGAAUUUUAUGGUGUUUUUCCUAAUCGUAAUUUUGUUGCCGGGUCUGCCACCGCGUACCACUUUUCCAUUCAAAGAAUUUCAUGUCGCACCUGCUAAAGAUCUGAAAGGCGCCUUAGAGCCUAACCAGCACUUAGAUGGUGCGGAACGCCUUCUCGAAGGGCGUGUCUACGGACCCGAAUGUCUUAUUGCACGUAAAAAUGAAGUUUAUACCGGCAUACAUGGUGGUGAGAUAAUUAAACUAACAGCCGAUCAUGUUACACACGUAGCAAAAAUUGGACAACCUUGUGAAGAAAUAUUUGAAGAGGCUCGCUGCGGCCGACCUUUGGGCCUUGCUUUCGAUACGCAAGGUAAUAAUUUGAUUGUGUCGGACGCAUACUACGGUAUCUGGCAGAUAGACCUCAAUACAAAUCAAAAGAAAUUGCUCAUAUCGCCACAGCAAGAAUUGCCGGGUAAAGAUAUUCAACGUAAAGCUAAACUUUUUAACACGGUUGCUGUAGAUCAGAAAGGUGAUAUUUACUGGACAGAUUCGAGUUCUGACUUCUUGUUGCUCGAUUUGGUAUACGAUUCUUUUGCUAAUCCAUCUGGCCGACUCUUCAAAUACGAUCGCGCUAACAAUGUGAGCAAAGUAUUACUGGACGAAUUAUUCUUUGCCAACGGCUUGGCCUUGAGCCCGGAUGAGGACUUUAUUGUUGUAGCCGAAACCGGUGCGAUGCGUUUGACCAAAUACUAUUUAAAGGGCGCCAAAGCUGGACAGAGUGAAGUCUUUGUAGAGGGUUUGCCUGGUUUGCCCGACAAUUUGACACCCGACGCCGAUGGCAUAUGGGUGCCGCUUGUUAUGGCCGCCGAUAGUGAACAUCCAAAUGGUUUCAAUAUCUUCGCCAAUUUCCCCAGUAUACGUUUAUUCUUGGCACGUCUGCUUAGCCUGUUCGAGUUGCCCUUCCGUCUAAUUAACAACGCCUUCCCGAAUAAGUUGGCUCAAAAGUUUAUACACUUCAUUGGACACGGUGAGAGUAUUUUGCUGCUGGCACCCAAACGUUCAACCAUUGUGCGCGUAGAUUGGAAUGGUAAUAUUGUGGGCUCAUUGCAUGGCACCGAUAAGUCGGCGGGCGCUGUUUCGCACGUUUUGGAAUUCAACGAACAUUUGUAUUUGGGUUCGCCGUUCAAUCGGUUUUUGGCGCGUGUGAAGUCACCGAGAGCCGGUCGUCAGCCAGAGGUGAAGGUGAAGAAUGUCAGGUAUGAGGGCGUUGGUUUAGAAGCUUCUGUUAAGCCAUCAACUGCAUCUACUAGCACUACUAGCAAGCCAAAGCCUGCCGCUACUAAACCACUAACUACGACUCAGCCACCGACAACAACGACGACGACGACAACUACUACUACACCGCGACCAACCACAACUACAACCACGCCUAAACCGACCACGACAACAACAACCACACGACCACCUACUACCACAACAACAACGACAACUAGAAAACCAUCUACAACCACAACAACAACAGCGAGACCACCAACAACGACAACUCCAAAACCACAAACAGCCAGCACCACCACAACAACUACUACACCAAAACCAACUACAGCUCCACCAAAAGCACCAACCGCUACACCAAAAGCAAAACCAAGCACCACAACACCACGUCCCGCUGCAGAGAAGAAACGUGUACCACCAAAGGAGCCAGCACCGAUUAAGGAGGAAAUCCCUAACGACACGAAACCACCAAAAUUCGACAAGCUUAAAGUUAUCACCAAAACAGGCGAACACAUCGAACUUUAAAGCAACUAACUAACAAAUUAACUGUAAACAUACUUAUAUAGCAACAUUACUUUCCUUUGUCAUCCGAGGUGUCGUUCGUUCGAAAACAUAACCUAAUAACAACAACAACAACAUAAACAUAUGCAGUCAUGUAAUAAGAGCAGGCAUGCAACAACGCUACAAAUAUCUCAUGUGGAAAUGUAAAAUAGCAAUAAUCUAGUAAAUACCUACGUUGUAUUAGAGAGUGAUUUGAUGAAAGUGUACAGUGCUUGAAACGCUGUUGCGGCAUGUUUUAUAUACUGUUACAACAAACAAACAAACGAAAUUAGUGCGUUAACGUAUACAUUCCAAUUUACAUUCCAACCUAUCUUUAAUAACCGUUAUGUGCUUUCUCGUAUUUAUUUAUAACAUUUUGUUCAUUUAAUGUUUACAUUUCGCGGAAUUGAGGUUAUAUUUUUAAUAAUAAUUUUUAUUUUUCGCUCGUAUUAAAUUCGUUUGGACGUUGUAGAAAAUGCCUAUAAUUGAAAAAAGAAAGAAGCAAGAAACCUUGGUUAGCUUAAAUUGUUAGCUAUAAGUAUGAAAGUAGUGCGGAUCUCUGUGAAAAUGUAUUAACGAAUUAUUGCACGAACAAACGAACGAGUUGUGUAAAUGUCCGCUAAGUUUGAUUAUAAUUAUUUUUUUACUCAUUUUCAUUGAGUAUACUAUUUUGGUAUUUGCACAAAGUUCAUAAAAAGCGAAUUUUUAGAAAAACGAAAAAUGUUUAUAAAAACUUUUUGGUCAUGGUAAAUCAUUUUUUUAGAGUAAAUAAUAUCUCAUGGUAGUAAUUUUAUGUAUUCCUUUCUUUACUUUUGACCGUCAUACAUAAUAAAAUAAAUGUCCCGUACUGAUUUUGAA